AGAGCUGAGCAGCUGUGCGACGGGAGAGCUACAUGUAUAGUCGGCUUGACUGGGAAGCCUUUGUCCUCAAACGCAGCAACAAAAAUAAAUAAACUGGAUUAGCAACAGAAAGAACAUUUCCACGUUAGCAACAUAUCUUUAACCUGAUCUAUGAUCCCUGAGACUUGGAAAGUUAUAAUAAGUUGAACAAGUUGACCACUUGGAAAUGAUGCAUGCACUUCCUACAACCAUGAUGGUCCAUGAUUUAGACAUCUUCAGCUCAUCUCCUUCUCCAAUGGACGCCACCGCCAAAAGGUCUUCAUGGGGGAAACUGGUGCAGAAGUUAACAGACUUCAGUGGAGACGGACAGAGCAGCCGUCACAGUUUAGACUCCGACUCAGACAAUGGCAGCAGGACUGAUCUCUCAGACUCCGGGUUUGACUUUCCCUCUAUCUCCUCAUCUGAUGACUUCGGCAACGUGCUAUACGAUGAUCUCCUCUCAAUGGAGGAGACCCUUCUGAAAGAACUUGUGCACCUAAUUGCCAGUAGCUUAAGGGAAGCCAAAGACGGCGCCCUUAGAUGUUCGAAACUACUCAUCCCUGAGAAGCUUCUGGAACACAUAGGCCAAGAGCUCCUUCACCUGGCAGCCAGCGAGCCCUGUGGCCUGAGGGGGGCUCUCAUAGACCUCUGCGUGGAACAGGGGGAGGUGUGUCAGAGUAUGGAACAGAUCACCGUGGACCCAUAUCUCGUCCCAACCUUCCAGCUCACACUGGUGCUGAGGCUCGAUUCUGGAGGACUGUGGCCCAAAAUCCAAGGGCUUUUCUCCACAAAGUCUCCAUCCAGUCCCGUAAAGAGACAGGCAAUUAGACUGAGCACGGGCUUCAGAGUGAUCAAGAAGAAACUGUACAGCUCUGAAGAGUUGCUCAUUGAAGAAUGCUGAGAGAAACCAAAGAGACAUUCUUUAGAUAUUUUUCUAAUAAACCUCGUUGUACCAAGUGUCCUACCUACAACGCUCAUCAGAGCCCUAGUGAUCAACAUUUGGGAUUCUAGUCAAAUGUAUGAUUUUCUAGGACCUUUUCUUAAUUAAGAUGAAUCGCCGAUUACUUUGCUAUGUUCAUGAUUUGCAGAUUGGCGUUCCUGUGUAGGGGAGCCACAGUAAAUGGUACAUGACAAAUGAAUAAGAACAACUAUUGUGCUUAAGAGAAUGGAGCAGGGAGCCACAGUAAAUGGUAUGUGAGUAGUUUAGUGUGCUUAAGAGAAUGGAGCAGGGAGCCACAGUAAAUGGUAUGUGAGUAGUUUAGUGUGCUUAAGAGAAUGGAGCAGGGAGCCACAGUAAAUGGUAUGUGAGUAGUUUAAUGUGCUUAAGAGAAUGGUGUUAACCUUAACACUGAAAAAUGAAGUUUCUGGCACUUUUGCAAACCACUAUCUAUUUUUAUACAAGAUGGGUGGUUUGGUUUUUCAUUUAUUGUUAAAAAUGUUUACCUGUUUCUAUUGAAACCAGACAAUGGCAGCUAGCUGAAUGGUAAUGUUUGUAUGUGGCCAUUUUAGAAACUGUGGUAAUUAUUUUUUCUUUGUGGCAUUUCAUUGUACACUAUGGUGAGGGGACCAGAUUGACAUGUUUGUUUAGAGACCAACAUUACGUCGCGGUACUUGCUUCUCCGUCUGUAGCAUCUAUUCUGUGAACCACAGGUCAGUUUACUUGAUUCUUUAUUUCUGGUUUCGACUGGCUUGUCCUCCUGCAUACUCAUCUGUGCAUCAUUUUAUUUGAUAUUCAAAUAUCUGUACUGUCUUGAUUACUUUCCAUUUUAUGAAUCUUGGACAAUAAAUAUUUUUUUAUACAAAACUUG